CUGUUCUCUCAUUUGUGCCUGAAAGUAGCUAGCAAGCUAGCCAACGUUAGCCAGUUAGCUUGUGUGCUUGACUGCUGUUUUUUUAGGUCAGAACGCUUUGAUCAACCCUACUCCUCGGCCAGAGCGUCCAGUGUGUGCUCCGAAUUUAUGAAUGGACAAUCUGGCAACGUUCUGAGUCUUCGAACGCCCAGAGCACACACUGGCACUCCAGAUUAAAUUGAUGAACACAUCAGUAGUAUAAGCCAGCCUUUAGUCUUGAAAUCUUUGGUUGUUUCGUACAUAGCCUCACAUGUGAGUCCUUAAAGACAUGGGUGGGGCUAAAGCUUAAGAGGGUGUGAACGAUGCUGAAUGGGUGUAGACAAAAAACAGCUCUCCAGGUACCAAAACUUUCAAGGGCCAUUUUCUCAAAAGUGAGGUUACAAGUUUAUCAACUUUCAAAGCAGAAUUACUUUCCCAUUGUUCCUCAUCUGUAAUGCAGGAGUCUCUACUUUUAUUUAAUGUAAAAAAAAAAUUAAAACACCAUUUCAAAUGUUGCUACAUAAAACCGAAUCAAGCCAGUCAGUCACAAAUAGCAUUGUAUCUGGUCAAACACAAUUUUCACCAAAACUUUAUUAAGGGUUGGUAGCAGGCUGAUUGGUCGGCUAUUUGAGCCAGUGAAGGGGGCUUUACUAUUCUUAGGCAUCGGAAUUACUUUUGCUUCCCUCCAGGCCUGAGGGCACACACUUUCUAGUAGGCUUAUAUUGAAGACAUGGCAAAUAGGAGUGGAAAUAUCGUCCCCUAUUAUCCUAAGUAAUUUUCAGUUCAAGUUGUCAGACCAUGAAGUCCAAGGAACUGUCUUUAGAUCUACGAGAUAGAAUUGUGAUGACACAUACAAUACAGUAUAUCUGGGGAAGGGUAUAAAACAAUUUCUAGUGUUGAAAGUUUCCAACAGCAUAGUUGGCUCCAUCAUUGGGAAAUGGGAAAAAUAUGGAACUACCUAGACUCUGCCUAGAGCUGGCCGUCCGACCAAACUGAGCAACCAGGCAAGAAGAACCUUGGUCUGGGAGGUGACCAAGAACCCAAUGACCACUCUGCCGAGUUCCUUGGUUGAGAUGGGAGAACCUGCCAGAAGGAUAACAGUCUCUACAGCACUUCACCAAUCUGGGCUUUAUGAGAGAGUGGCCAGCCACUCCUGAGAAAAAGGCACAUGACAGCACGCCUGGAGUUUGCAAAAAGGCACGUAAAAGACUGAGAUCAUAACGCAAAAGAUGAGAUAAGUGCACUCUUUGGACUGAAUAGAGUAUUGUGUGUAGGGUGAGAAAAAAAUAUAUUUAAUCUCUUUUUAAUUCAGACUGCAACACAACAAAAUGUGGAAUAAGUCAAAGGGUAUAGGCACUGUAUGUCGGUAGUUCAGAUAAAGUAUUUUCCUGGUUGCUAAAACCACGUUAACAAAACGUCUUUGUACAACCAUCAUACAACCUGACCAUGAUCACAUAAAAUACAUCAUAUUGACGACAGUGAAACCAGUUUUGCCUACUGGGAUAUAGCUAACACUUCAUUGUUUGUAGGUUAAUAACUACUACAUAACAAAAACAUUUUAUUUUGCCUUCUCUCUUCCAAGUAAAUCAGGCAGCAGGACCGACCACUAUGCUUUUAGCCUUCCAGGUCCUGGGUCUGUCUUUAGGGGUGAUAGGCUGGUGUCUGGAGAACAGCUGCACUAGUUCCCAUUCCUGGAGGGCCCACAGCCACUCUCAGGCUGUCACAACCAACAACUGGCAGUUGGAGGGCCUGUGGAUGACCUGCGCAGCCACGUCUCUGGGCUCUGUGCAGUGCCAGAGAUACAAGACUGUACUGGGGCUACCAGGUUAUAUACAGGCAUGUCGAGCCCUGAUGAUCAUCGCUCUGCUCCUGGGUCUAGCGUCCAUCAUUGUGUCAGUGCUGGGGCUGAAAUGCACAAAGAUCGGCAGCACUUCUGAACAGGUCAAGGUCAAAAUCACUCUGACCGGCGGCAGCUUGUUCAUCUUAUCAGGUCUUUCCACCUUGACUGCUGUGUUAUGGUACACUGCACGGGUGGUGCAGGAAUUCCAUGAUCCAUUUUUUGCAGGAGUAAGGUUUGAGCUGGGUACAGGUCUAUACGUGGGCUGGGGAGCUGCCUGUCUGGCCAUUCUAGGUGGGGUCAUGCUCUGCUGUUCCUGUAAGAGAGGUCCAUCAGCACCACCAACAGGGGGAUUAUCAUACAACUACUCAAAAACAAGCCGUGGACAACAGAUCUACAGGGCAGCACCUGUGUCAGAGUCCGGGAGUUCAAAAGCUUAUGUUUAAAGCAGUUUCAAAUGUUUUUUUUUGUUUUUAAAUGUCAUUGUUUGUUUGUCUGUUUCCAUUUGUUACUUUGGUAAAGUGUAAUUUUACUGGUUUGCAUUUGCUGUUAUAUUUUAGUUGUUUAGUUUUUUUUGUUUUGAGUUGCGUGAGUCACUGUGAAUAUUAAUGUAAUGUUUAUUACUUUGAAAUGUAUUGAAAAUAAAACAAUUUCUCUAUUGAUGA